AUGAUCAAUAAACGUUCUUUAAAACAAGAUCACGUCUAUCUCCAAGAUCUCCAAGCAACAAUACCAACAAUAGAAAAUCAUUUAAAUGGACAAAUUCGAGAGGAAAUCGAAAAGCAUUCAAACGAUGAACAAAGAAAUGAAGUUGAGAAUGAGAGUUUAAUCAUCUAUAAAGUCUACUAUGAUCGAAGAAUGAAUCCACCAAGGUUUCGAAUUUUGGCGAAUAAUCAGUGCACAAAUGUUGGACCGAAUCUUUCAUUUGAUGGGCUUACAAUCAGGACAGUGAAAGUGGAAGCGAUUGAAGGCGAAUGUCCCUGGGCAUGGGCUCCAGGUUGUGAAUGGAGUGCUCAUCACUUUCUCUCUGAAGUUUUUACCGGUUUUCCACCUAACCAGGUAAACUUGACUCGAAAUGGGAAAUGGGUGACAGUUCCAGUGAGUCGAGUGCCCGAGAGUUAUCGAGAUGGUUACACGAUAUGCACAGCUCCCUUGUAUUGGUAUUCGGACUGGCUUCGAUUGAUCUUGUUCUUUGAAAUCUCUAUGCUACACGGAGCCACGAAUUUCGUCAUGUCAACUCAUUCAGUGUCGCGCAAAGUGCAGAUAGUGCUUGAUUUUUAUAAAGAUAAGGGUAUUCUCUCACUCCGCUCGUGGCCUCUAAUGCCGUCAUCUUUCCUCCUCGAUCCAAACGAUUCAAUCUAUCGUCUUUCCCAUUCACUUUCUCAUCUCGAUUGCACUUUUCGUGUUGACACAAAAAUCGCUUCGCUAAACGACAUUGAUGAGUUUAUCAUUCCGAGGAAUGGGAAAGCAAUUGAUUUCUUUCGAAAGCUCUUCUCAAAUCAUUCACAUUACAAAGGAGCCACAUUUCGACACGCUGAAUUGAGGCUCUUCUCAAAUCAUUCACAUUACAAAGGAGCCACUUUUCGACACGCUGAAUUGAGGCUCUUUAACCCGUUGAGACUCGAGAAUACGACAAGAUUCGAUUUGAGUGGACUCAAGAAUUUAACCCUUCUUCAACAUGAUGGACCUGGAAAAGCGGUUUUCAUGCCGGAAUACACACGAAAUCUGAAAACACAUCAAGUGUCCAAGUAUUUCAACAAAAAACAUCGAACCCUGAAGGUAAAGAAAAGUGACGCCAUUUUGCUGCACACUCGUUACAAUUUCCGGGAAAUGAGUGAGAAAUGGUUGGCUCUCGAUUUUCCCGUAAACGUUUUCCCAUCGAUUUCAAGUGAUCACUUUGUGAAAAGAGUUGAUUCGGUGAUUUUGAAGAUUUUCAAUGGUAAUCGACCGGAAUACUCGGAUCUAUCAAAUCGAUUGCUUGGGAAUUGCUUGAAACAUUGGACAGAAAAACAAUGCAAGACGCCGAUUCACUCGUGUUGGGAGAUUUUGAAGCCACUGGAUGAGUGGCUUUUCGCCGAUCCCCAACCGGAUAGUCGAUAUUAUGUAUUG